GCCAAUGCAAUUUGACUCACCGCGAUGCAAUUGCUUCCUUGAGAUCAUGUUUUGGCGAGAAGCGUUUGUCCAACAGCUUAGAGACUAACAGGAACAUACCGCUACCCAUGCUACUUCGAGGAGACUCAUGAUUGAGGUUCAAACCUCUGAUUCGUGGUAGCAAUGAUUGAAUGGCAUCUGUCAUUGAACUUUUCGGUUCCCCAGUCAAUGCUUGUCUUUGUCUAGUCAGGAACAGGAACGAAAACCUGGUUAUAAAUACACAAAGAGGCACACCUCGAGCACCGCGAUGAUAAGACGUAUUGGCGUCUUGGCUCAAACAUGGGUCCUCGAAGCAACGAUUGGAAGUGCGAAAUGUGGGUCUGAUAAUGUCUGAGAGAGGUGCUAAAAGUUUCGUCGACUUAGAAAAGGCUUUUCCUGAUCUUCUUGUGCCUGAGUCAUUCAACUGGUCGGAUGAAUCGUCAGAUGAAGAGAUGUAUGAGGUAGACGAGAUAAGCACUACCAGCUCGACAGAGACACUCAGUGUGUCAGACGAAGCACGAAUGGAGGAUCUUGGCGACUGGUUCUCUCAGGAGCCCUUGACACGUUGGAAAGAAAAGAACAUAUCCAGUGGCUCCAGCUUGGAUUGGACUACAACCGUCCCAAACAAUAGGCCAACCUUCGCUAACCAACUCGUAUCGAGGUUAAACCAGGAUUUCAGCUGCAAAAAAAUAACCUAUGACGAGGACGAUUGCCAAGACAUGGUCCCUUUAGUGCGCUACCCCGAAGAGACCGAAAGUCCCGCGCUAAGGACUAUCAGAGACGAGAUUGACUGUGAAUUCCAUGCUCGCCGGGUCUAUGUGGGAGCAAUGGGCAAAUUUGAGCCGGUCCACCACUUCAACUGGCUUGGCGAUCCCGUCUCACACCGGAGCGAUACAUCACCGGCAGUCUCACUCUUUGUGCAGCUAACAGAUCCAAAGGUCCCUAAGCCUGGGGGCGAGCUCCGCUUGCAGACAUUGAUGAAGAAUGCCAUGGCUUACAUUGACCCAGUCAUCCUUCUUUUCGAAGAUAGAGUCACACGACUCCCUAGGUCUAUGACGGACUUAAUUGAGUGGGCAUCUACGCGUACCUUCAAAUUCUACAGCCCACAUGGGCAUUGGAUUGAUGAACCCGAGGAGACCGACGAUUUCCCGAUCGAAGACCCCGGAAACGCUCAUGAUUACAUGGCUGAUGAUUUUGCUAUAGGGUCCGGCUUUGUACAAGCCAGCAGGCUACCGUCAUCCAAUGAAUGGCUUGAGGCGCAACAGGAGCUGUUCAUCGCGUCCGAAAAAACGGCCUUGAGCCGGCAAGUCAGGAACUACAAAGCGAAAGGUCACCAGUCCUUCAAGCCGUCACCUCUCAGGAACGAGGUGACAUAUGAGACGGGAAGCUGUUAGCCGGGCCACUACCGCCGCUGAAGAUGCGGUCCAGAGUUUCCCAAGUCCGGAUGAGUAUGAUCAGGACGUGGCGCGAGAUCGUGCUAAAUCUCGCCUAUUACUAGACCAGAAUGAUUUCGGGCACCCUGACACUGUACGUCACCGACAGAGCAUCGGACGCGUCGAAGCAGUUCGGAACCCUAACAGGGUUAACGGGAUGAUCUCAGGGGCAUAAGUUGCUGAACCAACAAUAAUAUAAUACAAAUCCUGUGCUAUUUAUU